GACCCCGCGCGCGCACCCGUCUCAAGCGUCGUGUUCGUUCGCAGUCCGUCAGUCUAUCGGCAACCUGCGUACCAGUCGUGUCGCAGUGCUUACGUAACAAUAUAUUAUUAUUAUUCUUACUUGCCUGACCGGUGUGUUGUUCAUUUAUAAAUCGCGGUCUACGUUUUUUCGUUCGUCCCUCGCCGAGUUAUUCGUCUUUUCUGCUCGGUCUCUCUAAUUGGUUAAUCACCACACAAUUGUAUACAUAUACAGAAUCAAUCAACAUAACAUAUAUACAUAUCUUUCAACCUACUACAUAAACGCGAAGGAAUAUAAUACAAAUACACGUAAAAAACAUACGACGAACGCACGCGCUGCGCUAGCGAAAAACGCGUUUUACGUCUAACGCGAAUUGUCGUUACCUGCUUCUUCUGUCUGCAUACAUCGCCGCGCGGAUACAUCCGGAUCCAGAUCGUCGGUCAACGUUACCGUGCUCAUCCAUCUCCGUUCGCGUGAUCGAUUAAUACGCGAUUAAUCAAUAUCGUCUAAUAAACGUGAAUAUAACGGAAUACGUGAAGAGAGAGCGGAUUAUACCUCGCUGCUGCAUGGGCUACUACUUGCCGGUAGAUGAACAAGUGUCGUCGACGAACUACCACGGUAGAGCACGUUCUCUGGGUUUGGCCCUCCUCCACGGGCACGGUGUAUCGAUUGCUCUAAAAUAGACGCGUGGGAACACCUGCAGGCUACAUACACAUUCUACCUACAACUCAGACCGUCUCGUUCUCUCUCUAGCCCUCUCUCUCUCUUACUUUCUCUCUGCAUCGGUCUUUCCUGACGCCCUUGCAGCGCGUGACAGGUGCAACGAGAGUAACGGUAGCAGCACCGCGCUGUUAUAGGGCUGGAGGUGGAGGAGGUAGUGACGGUGGAGGUGGAGGUGCAAGCGACGAAGAAGAAACAUAAUAGGAAGCGGAAGAAGCGAAACGACGAAAAAGAAGAGAGAGAGAGAGGGUAGAACGGAAGAAAGUAGAACCGACACACAUACAUACGUGCGCGCGCGCGUUUAGAUACGGAAAGGAAAGGAGUAAAGGUGGAGAAGGAGGAAGGAGGCGAAACGCCUGGGUUUCUCGCGAGAAAAGGGUUAUUUCCAGUGAUACGUCCUGGAGGCGCCUGUCGUCUUCGCCGGUACAACCAUAACGCCGCCCGCUUUAAAACGCCCGAGACGGGAUACGGUGGACUCAUCGCCGCCACCCGCUCGAACCGCAGCCCCCGGAAACCCCGGACCAUCCAGCAAACUCGCUUGCAUCAUGGACGCACCGCUCUCACAGAGUAUGGACUCCGUCAACACGGUGGCCACCGGUGAAGACGAGGUGCGCACCUUGUUCGUGAGCGGCUUGCCGAUGGACGCCAAGCCGAGGGAGCUCUAUCUGCUCUUCAGAGCAUACGAGGGGUACGAGGGAUCCCUGUUGAAAGUCACAAGCAAAAAUGGGAAAACAGCGUCGCCGGUGGGUUUCGUGACUUUUCACACGAGGGCCGGUGCAGAGGCGGCGAAACAGGACCUUCAGCAGGGGGUUAGAUUCGAUCCUGAUAUGCCACAAACCAUACGUUUGGAAUUUGCAAAAAGUAACACAAAGGUUAGCAAACCCAAGCAACCAGCCGCUGCAGCAGCCACCUCGCACCCUGCUCUGAUGCACCCUCUAACUGGACACCUAGGGAGCCCAUUCUUCCCUGGUGGUCCUGAAUUGUGGCACCAUCCAUUGGCGUACUCGACCGCUGGCGAAUUACCAGGAACGCUGCAACACGCGACGCUGGUGCAUCCGGCGUUACAUCCUCAGGUCCCCGCGCCCAUGUCUCUGCCGCAUCCGACGACGCUGACGUCGAUACACGCGUCGCUACCCCAUUUCCUACCCUCGCCGGCACUGGCAUCGCCGGUUGGUUCGCCCUCGUCCCAACCGAACAUAGCAGUGAGCAACGCGCCCUGUUCCACCCUCUUCGUGGCCAACCUCGGCCAAUUCGUGUCCGAGCACGAGCUCAAGGAUAUCUUCAGCAGUUUUCCUGGUUUCUCCCGGCUUCGUAUGCACACGAAGGGAGGGUCGCCAGUGGCCUUUGUCGAAUAUCAAGACGUUCGCUACGCGGCCCAGGCGAUGGCCACUCUCCAAGGAUCCUUUCUCCUCUCCUCCGACCGGGGAGCAAUACGAAUCGAAUAUGCAAAGUCAAAAAUGGCCGAGGUGGGCUUUACAAAUCUCUGGAUCGAAGGAUCAAAGAGAGAAGAAAACGGGCAACCUUAAGAUCGACAUCAACGGCAUGUAAGAACGGCAAGGGAACGAGGGAACGACCGUGCGUGCUCACACCCCGGAAAUAUACGAUAAAAACGAGGACCGAUGUUGGAACCCGAUUGUUUUCGUUUCGAUCUGUAAAAGAAGGAAGGAAGGAAGGAAGGAAAAUAUAAAUUGAAGGUGGAGAACACAUCCGUGCUCCUCCAAGAGCGAGUAUAUCGAGUAUAUCGAAUCGCUCGAGAAAUCCACGCUUCAGCGAAGGAAUCGAGGAUCCAAGAUGGCGGCGCGGCAAGUAACCGCGGGAAAUUUGAAACGAUUCGAGCGAUCGGGGGUGAGAUCACGAAGAAAAGGAAGGAAAGCGCGUGAUGAAGGAGAUGAAAGAGAAACGGAGAUGAGGAAAGGCAUUUCACGUGAGAGAGAGAAAGAGAUACACGAGGGAAGAGGGAAAUAAAGGAAGGGGAAAUGCGAAUAGAUCAGGAAAAUUUUCGAGUACACGGGACAAGUGUGUAUGGUUGUUCAGCCUUGUCUCUGCAGCACCACAAUUAUAGGGGAGGAGUUUCAAAUCAAGAAGAGGGGGGGAAAGGGGAAAAAGGUGAAAAUAGAAAAAAAAUAUUAAAAAAAAAAAAAAAAAAGGGAAAAAAAAGAAGAAGAAGAAGAAGAAGAAGAAGAAUUCUUAUAAAUCGCGCGGAGCAACGGCGUUUUAGAUUUUCGCGACUCGCGGGGGGCCCAAAAAAAUAAUCGCGUAUAUAUGAUAUUCCUAGGUAUAUAUAUUUUUUAACGACUUAACUUAUCGAUCUAUUUCGAUUAGCCGUGUACUAUCUUGUCUAUUUAUUUUCCACCGAGUCUUGAUUGCGAUCAACGACGACGACGAAGCGAGAGACACGAAAAAAGAAAAAAAAGGAAAAAAAAACGUAAAAAAAACGUAAAAAAAGGAAAAAACGAAAACAAAAAGGGAAAAAAAAAGAAUAAAGAGAGGAGAGGGAAAGGUGAGAAAGAGGAAAGGAGAGAAUAUACACGAAGGAAAGGAAAUUACACGAACACGAUUAAGCGCGCACAUACACACAUACACAUACAUACACGUGUCGAUUGUGUGAACUCGCGAUUUCGACACCCGUCACGUCAUUUUCUUUCGUGCUACUACUCUAGCGUCCAAAAGUAGAGAAACACCAAUCACGUUGGAGAAGAAUUUGGAAAAAAAAAAGAGAAAGGACAAUUAUUAACCGAUGCUUUCUUUGAAGUUAAAAAAAAAAAUAGUAGAAAAUUUGAGGUAUCUCUAACUUAUCUGUAACAUCAAUUUUUCAAAACUUUUGGUCGAUAGUGUAUACACAUACAAUUUGGAAAAAAAGAAAAAAUUAUUAACAGUACAAAAAAUUCUUCAAAGUUGAGAAAUAAUGAAAAAUUUUCCACCUAUCUAUAACUUAUUUGUAACAUCAAUUUUUCCAAACUUUUGGUCGAUAGUGUAUACACAUACAAUUUGGAAAAAAGAAAAAAUUAUUAACAGUACAAAAAAUUCUUCAAAGUUGAGAAAUAAUGGAAAAUUUUCACUUAUCUUAUCUGUAACAUCAAUUUUUCAAAACUUUUGGUUGAUACUGUAUACACAUACAAUUUGGAAAAAAAGAAAAAAUUAUUAACAAUGCGAAAAAUUCCUCAAAGUUAAAAAAUAAUGGAAAAUUUUCAUCUAUCUAUAACUUAUCUGUAUCAAUUUUUCAAAAGUUUUGGUCGAUAAUGCAUAUACACAGAAUUUGGAAAAAAAGAAAAAAUUAUUAACAGUGCGAAAAAUUUUUCAAAGUUGAGAAAUAAUGGAAAAUUUUCACCUAUCUAUAACUUAUCUAUAACAUCAAUUUCCAAACUUUUGGUUAAUAGUGUAUACACAAAAUUUGGAAAAAAAAAAAAGAAAGAAAAAAUUAUUAACAGUGCAAAAAAUUCUUCAAAGUUGAGAAAUAAUGAAAAAUUUUCCACCUAUCUAUAACUUAUUUGUAACAUCAAUUUUUCCAAACUUUUGGUCGAUAGUGUACACACAUACAAUUUGGAAAAAAAGAAAAAAUUAUUAGCAGUGCAAAAAAUUCUUCAAAGUUGAGAAAUAAUGAAAAAUUUUCACCUAUCUAUAACUUAUCUGUAACAUCAAUUUCCAAACUUUUGGUCGAUACAACACACGUACAUAUACACACACACACAUACAUACAUACAUACAGAGGGAAGAGAAAUAUAGAAGCGGGAGGAAGAAGGCACUGUUGAAGAAGUCACACGCGCACGCAUAUAACGUAAUACUUGUUCACACGUACACGAGAGAGGAAAACACACAGAGUCCGCAGCCGCGGAAGAAUUCUUUUAGGAAAAUCGAGCCCCGCGCUGUUUUCGAAACAGGAGAGAACGGAUGAUCGGUUUUCAGAGAACGGAAAAAGGGGGAUUAGAGAACAAAUUUUCAGGGGGGAGUUGACACGCGUGCGACGAUGAUCUCCCGGAAACGCAAUUAAAAAAAAAAUAAUGGUCCUUUUUUAAUCUGUUAACCGGGCUUUUUAUCAGGGGGAAGAAAAAACGAACGAGUUAAAUAAUAAAAAAAACUAGCUACUUGGACUUUUUGAAGCUCGUUCGACGAUGAAAUUUCUAUUUUAUGGUGUUUUCGUACGUGGUGGUUCGGAGAGGUGAUAAAAGUGAUAAGGGCGAGAGAAAGAAAGUAUAGAAGAAAGAGAGAGUAUAUAUUUUUAGUUUUUUAAGAAGGAUAGUGAAAGUGAAGAAAAAAAGUGGCUUAAGCUAAAAGGAUAGAAGGAACGAUGAUACGUUCAAUUGUGUAAGGGGAACGAAACAAGUAUUAUAUUGUUUUAACUCUUUGACUUACGAUAUUCGUCCAUACUUGUGAUAGAUGUUGAUUGAUUCUAUUGAAAUAGAAACAAUUGUGUCGAAAUAGUAGAAUAAAUAAUAUUUCGUUUCAAUUCGUGCAACUGGAGGACCACGUUACGUAUUCGUGCGAGAAGAGAAUCUUUGUGGGAAAAAGGAGAGAAAAGAAAAAGAAACAUCAAACAAAAUCAAGGAGAAGGAGACGAAUGCAUAGUGUGGUGUGUAAGUAAUUACGUCGAUAUAAAGCAAAUAAAAAUAGUUAAAGAGGAAAAUAAUAAUAAUAAUAAUAAUAAUAAUAUUAAUAUUAAUAAUAAUAAUAAUAAUAAUGAAUCGUGAGGCAUGGAGUCGAAGCAAAGUGAUAUGAGAAAAAAAAGAGAGAAAAAGUAAGCCGAGAUUCGUAUUUGAAAGUAAUAAACACUUUGAAAGUAAUAAACCGAAUUAUAUAUCUCGUAAUUAUACAAAUUUCUAGAGAUCCAAUAAUUCCGAUAACUCUGCCCCCUCCCCCCGGUUAACAGAUUAAAAUCGUCCUUAAAAAAAAAUAUCGAAACUUACGAAUCUUUCUCUAAGAAAAGAAAAAAAAAAUGACUCUACGGACUAAACGGAUACAUAACAUUCGCUACGCAUUUGUCACGAUUUUCUCACAUUUCGUAAUCACUGUCGAACUGGCGCCCAUUUUUAAUUCCGGGACAAUUCGACGAAGGCGUUGCCUCUGGCACAACACGUAAACUCGCGUGCACCUCCUCUCUCUCGAUCCGCGUGAAUUCGAACGAAGGGAAAGGAAAAGGAGAGAGAGAGAGAGAGAAGAAAAAGAAAAAGAAAGAUUACGAAGACAAGCGCGGAGGCUCGUAGACGAAAUUGCAUAAUAUAGAGAUACAAAAGAGACGAAGACGAAUACAUCAAGCUUAAUACCAAAGGUGCCCUAAGAAGCGUGUAUUUAUGUUUUAUCAUUGGCGCGUCGCGAAAAGGCGAGCAUAUAUAUAUAUAUAUAUAUAUAUAGAUAUAUGUAUAUACAUAUAUAUACAUAUAUAUAUACAUAUAUAUAUACAUUUAAUUAUGUAUCUUGUUAAGGAGAGAGAGAGUCUAAUAUCCUAGACGAGUGUCUGUCGUGUGCGUAUGUGUAUAGCGAUGAACGAAAGAGUGUGUGCGAACGAGGUGAAUGGGAUCUAAAACGAGGUGAGGAAACGAAAGUGAGAUUAGUGAAUGAAUGAUCGAUUAGGAGAAAUUAAUGCGUGUUAAUCUACGUAAUAAUAAUAAUAAUAAUAAUAAUAAUAAUAAUCUUAUACAUAUACAUAACGAAUGCGAACAUAUCAUAGGAUUAAGCAGUAGAGAGGGAAGAGAGAGAGUUAAAGUUUUUCUCGUAAUGAGUAAAGGGGGAAAAGGAAGGAAAAAAAAGAAGAAAAAAAAAAAAAAAGAAAAAAAAAAGAAGAAGAAGAGGAAGUAAACUUUUAAACCGAUCUCUGUCUCUAGUAGUGGCGCGAAAAAAUAGACAGAGAAGAAAAAUCGUGGAUACCGAAGAGGAUGGUGGUGUGCCCUGCGUGCUAGAUACGACGGCCAACUCGGCACGUAAUUUGCCCAAGUGCCUUCCCGUUGGUCGAGUCAUGCUGUAAUUCGUAUAUAUAUAUAUACCGUGUAUUAUUCGUCUCGUCCCGAUUUCAAACUCGUCGAACUCUCCCCCUUCUCCCGUCGGAUCCACGUUAUUAUUUAUAUUAUACACGCGUGCAUGCGUGCAUGGCGAUAACGUGGGGAUAAUCGCGCAUCGAGUUUGUGCGUUUGAAAAGAAAAGAGGAAGAAACGGAGAAGAAAAGGAAAAAGGAAAAGGAAAAAAAAAAGAUAGGAGGAGAAACGAAGGAGAUGAGUAUAUUAUUAUAUAGUCGCAGUCCUGAAAAAAAAAAAAAGAAAAAAAGAAAAAAAUAACUCAAUCCAGGAGACGCUUCUUCAAACUAAACUCUAAAAAAAAAAAAAAGAAAAAAAAAAAACUAAUUCCGAAAAGCUGUUCGAGCCUGCCUGAUAGUUUUCUAUCGCCUCGUCGUUUUCUACUUACAACAACCUUUUCCUCGAAGGACAGAGAGCUGCCGUAUCGACGCGUGUUCCUCUAAUUUAUAAAUAUUUAAUCUCUGCUCGACGAUUAUCCCGUUGAUAGAAUCUACGGUGUGAGAAGCUAGAAAAGAAAGAGAAGAAAAAAGUACGAAGAGAGAGAGAGAGAGAGAGAAAUUCUUCAACGGUGAUCGAGAAAAAAAGGAAAGGAAAAAUACUUUUCUCGUAGACGGAAAGAAUCGAAUAUUUUUCUCGUAAAUUCCUCGGAUUUCCACGUCGAAUCGAGCGGAUUCUCCGACAGAAUCGAUCGACAGCUUAUUCUCUCAGAGUUCAAGAGUUCAAUCCUCGUGCUGGUAAAUAAAUAAAUAUGAUCCUCGUCGAACAACCACUGGGCAUUUAUUAUACGCAUCCGCAAUUAAUAGUGACGAGUGGUGAUUAAGUGAUUAAGAAUAUAGUAGAGAAUGUGUGUGCGUGUGCGUAUAUGUCGACCGUAUGUGUACGUUGAAAGGCGAGAUAUUAUGACGAAAGGAUAAAAAAAAAAACUGGUGAGUAAAAAAAAAAAAAAAUCAUAUACCAACAAGAGAAACGGUUAAUUUUACGAUUGAUACGUUUGAAAGACACGUUUCGUUAGCGACAUGUGGCGAUCUCGUCGUAAUUGCCCUCGUCCGUGAGCACGCUCCUUUAUUUUUUUAUUUCCAUGAAAACGUGAGUCGGGAAGGAAAGAAAAACAUGGCGGAGGGAAGGGAAAGCAGAGUGGGCGUUGUGCGCAUCGUUUCGUGCGCACAGGUGGCGAUUAUGUUCUAGGCAUUACAUAGAACUCGUUAGUGAACGUAUUUCUGAAGUCGAUCGGAUGUGAAUUUCGUUUCUUUUCUUUUUUUUUCUUUAGAUAAUUAACUCUUUCACUGUGGUAUUCUUAGAAGUAAAAAUAUGUUUCGUAAAAUGAAUCGAAGUCUCGUUGCCCGAUCAUCGUCUCUUAUAAACGAAUAUUUCGAUCAAUCGUGUGAUUUUUCACGUAUUUGCGAACGGUUAACCUCUUUUAGGAAGACGUCAAAGCAACGAUUAUUGAAUAAAAUAAAAUAUUAUCCGUGUUUCGAGUUUUUAUCAUUAAAAAAUUUUAUAGUGAGGAGUUUUUCGAUAGAAUUUACUUAUUUUUAAUUAGAAUAAUUUUAAUUUUAAGAAAAAUGUACGUACAUAUAUCGAUCUCUGAAAAGGUUAUGUAAAUAUCUUUUCGUUCAACACUUUUCAAUGCCAUAUCUAUCGAGAUUUAAAAAUUUACUACUACUAAAUCGAGUAAUUCUUAUUCUAACUUAAAUCGUUCCAAAGUAAGCAUCACAUUCGCGACCAAAUUUUCUCCUUUUCUCAACUCCUCUCUAUUCACGUGGUGUGUCGCGUUGCUUAAAGAUCCAGGUGGAACGAAAGCAGGCCUUCUUUACCAUCUUUCUUGCCGUGAAACAAAAAUCCGUGUGACCUGAAAGAGGAAGUUGACCGGUCUGUUUCCGGGGAACUGGACCGUCACGAAAUUCAGAGCGAGACGAGAUGUCCCUUGACGAUGAAAAGCGGUAAACUCGGCUCGUCGGGCAACGAGAUCUCGUUUUCGAAGGAAGUGUGUCACCGAUCGCGAGGCAUACACGGUGAAUGUGGAACGAUUUUUGCAACAUCGAUUGUAAAAAUUUUCGACGAUCGACCGCGAGAUUUAAGUUUUAACUUGAAGAGAAAGAAAGAAAAAGGAAAGUAUGUCGCUGAAUCGAAGAUGAAUAGAGGAAGAGAGAGAGAGAGAGAAAGAGACAAAGAAACGGAAGUAAGACGAGAUUUCAGGGUUGUCACUCUUCUGAUACAUAUCGUUAGAUUGUUAAGGGCUUGCCGAGCAGGCCAUUUAAAAGUAGAUAAUUAUCUUGGAAGGCGUUUGCAGUCGUCUAUCCUAAAGGAGAUCGAUUCUUCGAUUCGAAACUUUACGAGAAGUUCGAAAUUUUCGAAAUUUUAGAUAAUAAGAAAAUUGAAAAAAGUGAGUUUAAAUUUAAAUAAUAAUUGAUUAUUAUUAUUGUUUGAACAAUAUUUUUUAAAUAAAAAUUAAAUAGAAUUAAAAUUUUUGCCUUUUCGAAAGAAAAUAAUUCGAUAGAAGACGGGUUAAUUUUUUCACUCGCAACAAAUAUUUAAUAUUUUUAUUACAAAUAUAAUAAUAAAAAAAAUAAAAAGACUCGUGGAUAAAUCGAACAAAAUUUUUUCACAGAAUCUAAAGAAAUCUAAUUUUUAUGCACGAAUCAUUUAAGAUAAAUCUUUAUCGAUUCUUUCAAUAUAAAAAAAAAAAAUUAAUAUUCUUUUAAAAAGAGGUCAUCAACAAUUAUCCUAAAAAGUAAGAAUCCUCUCGAGAUCGGACAAAGAUCGACUCUGAUGAUAGGAUGACGACUUUGAUAAACGCUUUCCAAUUGAUCGUUAGUAUAAAUAAAAAAAGUAAAAAAAAAAAAAAGAAUAAAAAUAAAAGUGUGUAAAUUCCGCUUGAAUCCGUGAACAUGAUGUCGAUCCACCGAACAUAUCACCGAAUUUCCGACUCGUUAGAGUAUCGUAUAAUAUUCGUCAUUAGAUGGUGACUGAAUACAUUUUUUUUCCUCGAUAUAAGUCGAUAUAUAGAGAAUAAAAAAUUUUAUCGAACUCCUCGGAUCCUCUCUUAAGUGUGUCUUGGAUUGUACGUAUAGGUAUAAUAUAUAUAUAUAUACACACACAUAUAUAUUUAUUAAAAAAAAAAGAGGGAGGGGGGAAAAAUUGUUUGUACACGCAUUGAUAAAGGAGAAGCGUGGUUUCGAAGGAAAAGGAAAGUUAGGUCAAUUCAACGUUCCCUUAUUCGAACGAGAGUCAUCGCGAUUUUUUGAAGUGAGUAAAACGUCAGGUGUAGACAUCUGUGUGUGAUGUUCGAAAACGGCGGAAAGUAUAGCCUAAAUUGUAAAAUCCAUGCGAGGCCUUACAUUUGCGAAUUCGGAGAGAGCGAAAAAUGAGAGGAAAAAAAAAGAAAUAACGAAACGAUUUGUUCGCAACAAUUUAUUUAUUGUUGCUAGUUUGAUGAUAUCCUUGAUAAAUUGAUUUGUCAAAAAGAAAAAAGAAGAAGAAGAAAUAACAAAAGAAGGAACGAAAAAAACAGGAAAUCGAAUCUUGAGAAAUCUUUUUCUAUAAAAUGUUCUUCUUCUUCGAUAUUUUAUUUUUUUUUUCGCCGAUUUUUCUUUUUUUUUUUUCGAAUCUUCAUCAGAUUCCAUUAUUAUCCAAUCGAACGUAUAUAUAUAUAUUCUAACUGGAUCGUGAACCGUGACUACCGUGACGCGAAGAGAAGAAAGGAAGAAAAAAAGAUAAAAAAGAAAGAAAAAGGAAACGAAGGCUCUCGAAUGCCUUUCCCAGGGCAACGUAUUCGCUUGACCUUAACAUAACAUAUCAUUUUACAAUAUAAAAAACAAUAGUUGUACUGCCCAAGGUAGAGAUAGAAUGGAAUCGUGUUUUCUGCGCAUGCGUGUAUUCUAAAUGUAUAAUCGUGCACAGUGUGAUUGCGUUUAAAAGCGAGACAAUUUCUAGCUAAUUUAGACCGCGAAUUUGUAUCGAUUCUCGGUCCCCUCGGUGCAAAGGAGUGAAUAUACGACGCGUGAAACGUGACGUGAUUAAAAAAAAAAACAAACAAACGGAAGGAAAGAAAAAAGAGAGAGAGAAGAAAACCAGAGAAGGAAAUGAUAUAUAUAUAUGAUAAUAUCGAGCGUAUCGAUCGUUAUUAUCGCGCGCCGACACGAUUUUUCUUAUUCGAUAAAUUUUCAUUCGAAAAGCUCACUCGAUUUGAAUCGAAAAAAGGGAAAAAAGAGAGAGAGAGAGAGAAAUAUGUCGCGAUAACACGUCUCGUGAGCGAAAUAUCGUGGCGGUGGAAAAAAAAAAAAAAAAGAAUAAUCCUUCGGCACUCGCGGCCAAGCUUUUUGCUACUUUUGUAUGAAAACGACGAUAUAAAAAAUAUAAUAUUUACACCGAUGAAGCUGAGAGAAGACCAAAGGAAGGAAAAAAGGAAACGAAGAAAAAUCGGAUAUAAUAUAAAAACGAGGAAGGAUGGAUGUUCAGAACUACGUAGUCGCGAUCGAGCGACACGAUUUUUCGAUCCGAUCCCAGCUAGCUUUUUACACGUAUCACUUGCUCCAUCUAAUUUAAUUACUCAACACCUUCGUCGCGUUCCAUCGCUUCGUUUUUCGACUCCUCUCGACGAGAAUCUUGAAUCCGUGAAAGUGGACGAAAUUAUUUUUUUUCAAUUCGAGAGUAACUGCAUGAUUUUUUUUUAUCAAAAUUCUGUACAGAGUUUUUUGAGAAAACUAUCAUCUCUGACUACCAUUCGAAAAAUACUGCAAAAAAAAAAUACUUUUAUCAUAUAUUAUUCUAAUAUCUUUAUAUUCGAUCUGAUAAGUCCAAAAAAAAAAAAAAAAAAAAAACGAACCGAUGGAAUCGUGGUCGACCUCGACAAAAGACAACGAGAGAGAGAGAGAGAGAGAGAGAGAGAGAGAGAGAGAGAGAACUAAGGGAAAGUAGAGCAAGAGAGGAACGCAACGCGGAAUGUUCACGCGGCGAGAAUUAGCGAAUCGUAAAAUGAAGGAAAAGAAUCGACGUUUUCUUUCUCCAACCAAUUGUAUAUAUUCUUUCCUCGUACAAUUGGAAUCCUCUGUGCAAUUAUUAAAAUUGAAAUAUCAUAAUUACGUGUACAAGGAAAGAAUAAACCUUUAUUGCAUAACCUUUUUUUUUUUGAACGAAACGAUUGAAAGAGAUUAAUGAAGUAAAAAAAAAAAAAAAAAGAAAAAGAAAGAAAAAUUAGGUACAACGAAAAAUUACAAGUAGAAAAAAAAAUUGUAAAGAAAUUAGAGAGUAAGAAGAAGAAGAAGAAGAAGAAAUAGAAAAGUCGAUUCCGAGCGUAUCGAUGCGAUUCAUAAUCGAUCGAUUUGUAAUGGAAAUUAUUGGGAUUCGCUCGCUCGCGAUGAAUCGUUUCGAUCGAAUCUAAAAAGUGCUUUACACAAGUGAACUAAGGAAAAUUCAUAUCAGUAGGCAGUGUAACGCUACUAUUACAUAAUUUACAUAAUUAAUAGAGAAUGGCAUUUCGCGUAAGGAAAUUAGUAGAAAUCGAUAUAAAUAUGAAAAGUAUAUAUAUAUAUAUGUGCGUGUCUGUGUGCGUGUGCGUGUGCGUGUGUAUCACGAGUAAACGAAGAACGACGAACGAGAAGAAAAAAAAAGGAAGAGGAGAAGAAAAGAAAAGGGGGGGGGAAAAAAAAAAAGAAAAUGAAAAUAGAAAGUACAGUAAAUUAACAAAAGUGAUGAAUCAGAUAUUUUGUACCGUGAACACUAUUCAGAGAGAGAACGUUAUUCUAACCGAGUCCUUUUUCGUUUCUUUUUUACAAUACAUACGUAUAUAUGUAUAUAACAGAUAACGUUUAUCUUAUAUACACACGCGAAAAAGAGAGAGAAAAAAAAAAAGAAAAGGAGCAACACGCAAGAUAUAUAGAUAUAGACGAGGAGGAAGCAUCUGUGCGAUCGAGAGCUUAUAUAAUAUAAGAUCCUGGAUCACGAGUUUUCGAAGCACGAAGGAAACAAGGAGACAUCAAACCGAGACCGAAAAAUAUAAGAAGUAUACGCUGAUGGUAAUCGUGGUAAUCGAUAUUCACCUAUCAUCUAUCAUUUUCUCUCGAGGAUACGACCUCGUCCCAACAAUGCGGGAUUAUAUCAUGUAAGAGACACGAAGAAGUUUAUUUGAACCUGGGAGAAGGAAAAUAUCACGAACGAAGCGAGAAACGAUUGAUUGCACGAUUACGUUGUGCUUCGGAAUGAAACGCAUAAGAGAGAGAGAGAGGAAAAUUCGUAUCGAGGGGGAAAGAAGAUUGCUUAAUCGUCGAAGCAAUCGAGGAAACGGAGUCGAAUCGAAUCUUAACGAAUUUUAACCGACGUAUCGUCCAAAGGGUCCAAAAUGACCCUCCUCCCCCCUCCCUCCUAUGAACGUUACGAGGAUUAAAGAGAACGAGGACGAACGAUCGAGACGAACGAACACCAAAGAUAUCGGAUAUAUCUGUCCAAUAUAUCUGUCCAAAGAUCGCCAGAAGGAAGAUUUCGAUCGACAGUCGAUCGUGUCAUCGUUGACGACACAAUAUUGUCACGCGAAUUAAAAUUGUGAUCGAGCCCUGCGCGACUCUUGUGUGCAAUGGUCGAUGCUACACUCGAUACGAUCUGAAAAGAACGCGUCUCUGCGCAAGCGCGUGCGCAGAAGUACUAGAAGAACACGAGGGGAGGGGGGAAAAGAAGAGAUCGUGCGAGAUAUAUAUAUAUAUGUAUACAGAUUGAUGAAAGUAGAGGAAACGAAGAACCUGCCACAUUAUUAGACACGAUUAAUUAAAAUAGAUUCCCGAAUCCGUCCUAACGAGACGACGCUGAAAAUCCACGAAAAUCUCCACACACGCCCUGCGUUGCGUUGCGCAUCAGCAUUAGUUCGAAGGAAAAUGUAGGCCAGUCUCGAAACGGUAUUUUUCUUUUUUUUUUUCCAAGCCGAGAAAAUUAUUUUUGAUCGCGCGAGACCUCUCGCUCUCUGUCCACGAUAUUAUAUCUCGAAAGGGGACGACGCCGUUCAGAUUGAAGCGAAACGUGUCCGUGGGGAGGCCUUUCGAGCUUGGUGUCGAGCUAACGAGUUUCCACCGUUUUGUUCCACGUAAAUCGCUAACACGAACUUACACGCCUUGUAGGUGGUAAAAAUUCAGGAGAAGAUGGUGAAAAAAGAGAAAGAAAGGAAAGAAAAGACCGGAGCUUUUAAAGCUCUAUAUACAUCGUCUGUUAUAUUAAAUUUUGAAAGGGUCAGAAUAUUGAGAAGAAAAAUUGAAAAAAAGUUUGAAAUAGAGGGUCGAUCAUCGAUGAUACGCGAUUGCUCAGGAGUUUUGGAAGAGAAAGAAAGGAAGAGUGGAAGAAGUAUAUACUGGGCAGUCGUGAAACUGUUCAUUAAAUAUUUUUCUUCGUUCAAGAUUUCAUUAAAGAUUUUACGAAUAUUUUUUUUUUUUAAAUUCUCUCUGAAGAAUUUUUACAUCAUCGUUUCGUUCUAUUUCAUGAAAAGAAAGGUUAAAAUUACUUAAUCUCGAUUACGUUUCUAUUUCUUGGAUUAUCUUCGUUUUUAACACGCGACCACGCUAUUCUUCUUCCUAUAUUCGACUAGGUUGCAAGGAACGUCGAAAUAAAAGUGAUAAGAACGCGAAAUCUCGCGACCACGUACAAUAAGACAUAUCAUUUUUCUAAUAUAUAUAUAUAUAUAUUCGGACGACGUAGAUUCUCGUCUAAAUAGAAUAAAAAGAGAGAGGAAGAGAAGAAGGAAAGUGAUGAGAGGCUUCUCGAAAAGUUUUCGAAAAUUGUCCUCGAUCGACCGCGACCUAUAUUACCGACAAUUCUUUUCAAUCUUGAAAGUAAAGUAGUGGGGUGGGGAGGGGAGACAGGGAGAUAAACAAGGAAGAAUAAUAAGAAAAGGUAUUAAAAAAAAAAGAAAAAAAAAAAAAAAAAAAAGAGUCGUGGUGAGUCCAUACAUUCCGAAAGUAUAAUUAACGACACGUUAAAUUAGGAACCGUAGCUAUUGUGUAAUUAAGUAUUCGCAGAAAUUUUUUUUAGGCUCGUCGAUUAUAAUUUAAACGCUAUAUUUAUUAUUACGAAAGAUUUGAAAAGUGUUUUGAAACUAAACACUUUUAAACGUGUUUUAAUAAUCUGUAUAGGAUACAAUGUCGCCGUGAUGUUUUUCUCGUCGAUUUUUCGAAUUCGUUUCGCGAUUUCAAACGUAGAUUAUUCGAUCGUAGUUGUUAUUCGAAAUAAACGGAUUUAAAGAUAAAAAAAAAAAGAAUCGCGUGCGCUUCUUUCCCGUACUAUGUGUUUUAGUUGUUACACACAGUCCGUCUGGUGAUGCUUGGCGUUAGAUUAGCGGAAGUGACGUUGCGUCAAAGUAAUUUUUAUCCCUCGGUUGGUAGGGCAGAGUCGAAAGUCGUUUAGAAAUCGUAUUAACAUUUGUAUAUCGUAUAUAUAUAUAUAUAUAUAUAUUGAAUUUUUCUCGAUUUGUAUCAAAAAAAAAAAAUAUUUGUAUACACGCAAAAUUUGUAAUUUUUAUUAUAAUCUCUAAUGUAAUUUUUUCGAGAUAUACAAAAUCGUAUAUAUACUUGAUCGACUUUGUUCUAUCAAUUGGAACGUAUAGUAACAAGUACACUGCUCAACCUUUUUUCAUUCGAUUUUAAAAAAAAAAAAAAACAAUCGUUCGAUAUUUUUCAUUAUCUCGCGUACAAAAUAUGAAGAUAUUCUUUUUUUUUUCUCUCUCGUAAAUGGGUAAUCGGACCAUAAAGACCGUAAUUGCAAUUCUAUCCGACCUUGUUUCCGACUUUUCCAGCCAUUUUUUUGCGUUAACUACACAAUUGGAAUCACCACGCUCCGUAUCUUAUGCGUGGUAUCGUUGCCCAUAAACGCUUUCAUAAUUUUCUAUGAGUCAUUCCAACGUAAUUUCGUACCGACACGAACCGAUCCGAUUAAAGAAAAAAAAUUUUUUUUUUCUCGAAACUCGUUUCAGAAAACAAGAUGGGAAAAUAAUUUUUAUCCCCAAUUAGACGAAUUGAAUCGUUAAAUCGAAUAUUUAUACACACUUUCUUCUUAAUUGGAAACGACACUUGUUCACGAUAUAUUUUUGACCAAAUAUCUCUUCUUUUUUAUCGAGCAGUGUAUUUCGCCCUUGAGAUUUUCAAAAGAAGAAGAAAAAGAAAGAAAAAAAUCUCUCAAAACGACACGAAUGUUCCAUCCCGUUCAUUCCCGCGGAUUUCGAUUCCGCAAUAUGUGAAAAUAGUCAAUUCGUGGUAAUUUAAUUAACGGAAGGAGAACAAUUUCUGUGAGAGGAAAUUGUGAACGAUCUCGGCAUUGAUUUAAAUCGAUCGAGAUUCUUCGAAUUAAAAGAGAAAAGAAAAGUGAUUAGGAAAUUCAGAAAACGUCUGCUUCGACGGCAUUAUAUAUAUAUAUAUAUAUACAUAAAAUAUAUAUGUAUACUAGAUAUUAUAUUCAAAGAAAUUUCAUUCUAGCUAUCAGAUGUUCUUUGCACAUAGGUACCUGAACGGUUCGACUAUUUAUAUUAAUUUUGUCAAGGCUGCGUAAACAAUCCCAAAGAAUGAAAGAUGCUAUUUUACGCGACGCUCUCGCGGUGGUGAAUUUCGAUAACAUUGAUAAGCUCUUAAAUAACACGUUGACGGAACACCGAAACUGUCAUCGUGUUCAAGAAGCUUAUCUUGUCAUUUUUUAUUACGAGAGGUAUUGAAAAUAUUUGCCGCUUCGAGGAGGAUUUUAAAAAGAGAUUUGUAAAAAUCUUAGAUAUAGACGUUCGAAAAUCGUCGAUUGUUUUUUCUUUUUUCUCUCUCGUAAACGUUUAUAUCUACUUUAAAUUUUCUCUCGUUGAGGAUUCGAUCUCUAAAAAAAGGAUCCUCAAAUCCACAUUUCGAGCAGAGAAAUCGCUUGAAGAAUCUCUGUAAAGAAGACCUCGGAUGAGGAGAACCUUCGUCGAUUCAAUUAAAGGAUCAUUGAUAGAAAAUUUGAAGAAAAAAAAAACUGAAUUUCUAAGAAAUAUUUAAGGAUCAGAAAAAUAUGUUCUAUAUAAAAAAUCUUUUUUUCCCAAAGGAUCUCGAUGUACAAUCUUGUAACGUGAUAUAACGUGUAUAAAAAUGUUUUUCUAGAAAAAGGAAUGAAAAACAGGAAAAUCACACGGAUCCAAAGAAUCCGAAGAAUCUUUCUUACGAGGAAAAAAAAGAAAGAAUAAAUAAAUUGCGCGAUAAAACGGUAAAAACAAGUCGCUAUUGUUAUUCAUUAAUUAGGCAUAAAUCGGAUUAAUUAUACGAAAAAAAAAGAAAGGACGGCCACGAUGAGUCAACCAGAGAUCGUUUUCUGUGGACAUUGGUUCCGACUAAUUAGGAUUAAAGAGGUGGUUAUCGACGACGGCUCCAUACCGUCCAUAAGCCUCGAUCGACAGGAUCGAUUAACAACGAUGACUACGAUGAAAUUGAGGAGAAAUCGAAUGAAAGAAAAAGAAAGAAAGGAAAGAAGGAAAUAAUAGCAUAGAGAAACAUGGCAUACGAGAGGGAAUAAUAAGAAUAUAAUAGCACUGAUUUAACAGCGCACUCGAGAAUGUGUGUGAGAACAAUGGAUGCAAGAAUUUUCGAGAAUUUUAGUUGCUCGUUUCAAAUAUUUAUCGUAAUAUUCGUGAUAAAUUAUUAUUAGGGUCGAAGCAGAUGGAGGUUGUAAAAAGGACGCAAGAAAAUUGCGUGGAAUUAGUGGAAUUUGGUGUCUACGUGUCGAACGACGUUUUCUUUCGUCUUUAAUAUGGAUGCAUUUUUUUAA